UGCCAGCGGAAGACCCCUGUCCCGGGGCGCCGCCCCGCUCCGGGUCAGACGCGGCCGGGCCUGGUUUCGGAGCCGGGCUCCCCGCAGCCGGCCGGGCCCGAGUUCCCUCCCUUCUCGCCGGCUCCUCUGCCCGGCCGAGCACGGCCGUCCCCUCCCCCCACGGGCCAUUGUGAGGUCAGAUCGGCGGGCGCGUCGUGGAGCCCGGGCGAGACGCCCGGAGCGGCCGCUGCAGCCAGUAGCUGCCGCUGCCACCGCCGGCCCCUUCACCGGCUGCCCAGUUCAGACCUAGCCGGGAGGGGGAGAGAGAUGCAGCUUGGGGCGCAGCUCCGGUGCCGCACCCCGUAAAGGGCCGAUCUUCUAUCUGGCCACUUCACCCCCGGGAAGGCAAGACCAAACCAGCUUAGACCGCUGCUGGGUAAAGUGCUGGGAGGGCUGGGCGAGAGGGGAGGAAACAGUCGAGGCAGCUUGCUCUUCUGGGCUUCCAGAGGCGUGUUCUGGGCUCGGCCACCCACAGGGGAUUAGUUUCGGUUGAGCAUCCAUCCCCCUCCCGUGAAAGAGCGUAAAAAAAAAAAAAAAUGCGUUAAACCCUUCUGGAUCCUUAACGGGAGGCUGGUGAAUGAAUUGGUCAUAGUUGUCUCAUUCUCGUGGGGUGUGUUUUGGAGGAGGAGAGGAGCACGAUAAGACCUAGGGGGUACUAGGCCUCCGAAGCCCAAGGUGGUGCCUUUAACAUAACCCAGUCGCCUUCCCUGUGGAAUUUUAUCCCUGUGCAGGGAGGGUUUGUGAGGUAUGAAAAGGGUGGGGCGAGAAACAGGGUAUUUUUACACAAGUGCUUAAAGGGUGGAGAGGAAGUAGAAGCGGGGACUUUUGGGAGUGUCUGCGAACCCCUGGUGUUGGUUUCAGUGGCUCAGCUCCUUUUGUUUAGUUCCUUUUUCUGAAACUAGGCAUAGCACUUUGGUCUGGUCGGGGUGCUUCAGUGUACCCAUGACGUCUGGAAGGUUAGAAGAGCUGCUGUUGUACAUUCCACAGAGGUGCCCUACUCUUGCCAAAAAGCAGCUUCCAGUGUUAAGACCUAAGGUACUUGUGCUUUCUCCAAGCUGAUAGUUCAACCUCAUGGCAUACUUAUGAAGGCAUAUGCCGUUUUCUUUGAUGACUGAGGAAACUCUGAAUUUCCCAGGCCCGGAGCUCCGGCUCAUAUUCCCCACUGCAGUAACCCCGGUCUCAAUCACUGCCAUGUUUAGGUUAUUUUCAGGAGAGGGAGUUGAUUAGUCACUCAAGUGUGACUGUCCUUGGGAUCGCAAUAACAAGCCUGCUUGUGAAACUGAACACAACAAAAGUAUGGAGAUGGGAAACCAACAUCCUUCUAUUAGUAGGCUUCAGGAAAUCCAAAAGGAGGUAAAAAGCAUAGAACAGCAAGUAAUUGGUUUCAGUGGUCUGUCAGACGACAAGAAUUACAAGAAACUGGAGAGGGUUCUAACAAAACAACUUUUUGAAAUAGACUCGGUAGAUACUGAAGGAAAAGGAGAUAUUCAGCAAGCUAGGAAGAGGGCAGCACAAGAAACAGAGCAUCUUCUCAAAGAGUUGGAGCAGAAUGCAAACCACCCACACCGGAUCGAAAUACAGAACAUUUUUAAAGAAGCCCAGUCCCUGGUGAAAGAGAAGAUUGUGCCAUUUUAUAGUGGAGGCAACUGCGUAACUGAUGAGUUUGAAGAAGGCAUCCAGGAUGUCAUUUUGAGGCUGACACACGUUAAAACUGGAGGCAAGAUCUCCUUGCGGAAAGCACGGUAUCACACUUUAACCAAAAUCUGUGCAGUGCAAGAGAUUAUCGAGGACUGCAUGAAAAAGCAGCCUUCCCUGCCGCUUUCUGAGGACGCGCAUCCCUCAGUUGCCAAAAUUAACUCUGUGAUGUGUGAAGUGAACAAGGCCAGAGGCACUCUGAUUGCCCUUCUUAUGGGAGUGAACAGUAAUGAGACUUGCAAGCACUUAUCUUGUGUGCUCUCGGGGCUGAUGGCUGAUCUGGAUGCUUUAGACGUGUGCGGGCACACAGAAAUCAGAAAUUACCGGAAGGAGGUCGUGGAAGAUAUCAACCAGUUAUUGAGGUACUUGGAUUUAGAAGAGGAAGCAGAUACCACUCAUGCGUUUGACCUGGGGCAGAAUCAUUCCAUUUUAAAAAUAGAAAAGGUCCUCAAGAGAAUGAGAGAAAUAAAAAACGAACUUCUUCAAGCACAGAAUCCUUCAGAAUUGUACCUGAGCUCCAAAACAGAACUGCAGGGUUUGAUUGGACAGUUGGAUGAGGUAAGUCUUGAAAAAAACCCCUGCAUCCGGGAAGCCAGGAGAAGAGCGGUGAUUGAAGUUCAGACCCUCAUCACUUACAUCGACUUGAAGGAAGCCCUUGAGAAAAGAAAGCUGUUUGUUUGUGAGGAGCACCCCUCACACAAAGCGGUCUGGAACGUCCUGGGAAACUUGUCAGAGAUCCAGGGGGAAGUUCUCUCAUUUGAUGGCAGUCGAAAUGAUAAGAACUACAUCCGGCUGGAAGAGCUGCUCACCAAGCAGCUGCUUGCCCUGGACGCCGUUGACCCGCAGGGAGAGGAGAAGUGUAAGGCUGCCCGGAAACAGGCAGUGAAGCUUGCACAGAAUAUUCUCAGCUAUCUCGACUUGAAAUCCGAUGAAUGGGAGUACUAAAACGCCAGAGAGCCCAUGGUUGAUCAUUCUUAUUUUGCACUUUAUAUAUGUGUCUGUGUAUUUAUAGAGAGCUUUCAGCUUGUUGAGCCUGCAUGUGAUUUAUACAUGCAUAUGUCAAUCUCAGUAUUUAUGAUUUAAGCAAAUUAUAAUAGUAUCUCUGCUGCUUUUGAUGUUGAAAAACAAAUAUUACAACAUAUUAACUUUUCCAUUUGGAUCACUAUGUUGUACUGUUGUUUUUUUUGUUUUUCUUUUUUAAAUCAGAAAAUGGAAUAGGGGCAGCUUUUAAAACAGUUUUAAUGGGUUGUUCAAGCAUUAAAAUGCAGAUAUUUCAGAAUCUAGAAAUAGACAUAACCUUACAUAAUAAAUACCAGGACAAUUAUGAGGAAGGGGGAAAUUUUUGGUUAAGUAGAAGUAAGGUUCAAGCACAAACGCAGUACAAUGAUAUGUUUUAUUAUGCUAAAUAAAGCAGAAGGAUUUUUUUCAUUUAUAAAACCCAAUUGGUCCCACCCAAUUUAAUAGGGUGGGAGUUUUUUUGUUUUUUUGGAUGGUGGGUUCUUUCAUAAACAUUUUUUGUUUGAAAUACAGUGUAUUUUCUCCUGUACUCUGCAUUUAGAGGGGAAGUCUUAUUUUUGUGUGUGACAUAAGAAAAUUAUGAAAAUGAAUAGCAAAAACACCUUUGAGACUGCAUUGAAGAAGGGAUAAAACACCAGCUAAUACCUUCAAGUUGUUUUUGUUUGUAAAAUCUAAACUUACAAUUUCCCUUAGAAAUUACUAAGGAUGGGAACAUUUAAAUGAAGUUAAUGGACCUUUUAUAAAAAAAGGAAACACCCACACCCAUAGUAAGAUAAUGAAAAGUGGAAAUUACCAGUUAUCAGGUUAUGCUAAAAUAAGCAAAAAUGUCUGCAUGUAGCAUGUAAUGGGCUUCUUCUGUCGUUCAAGGCAUAAGGGACAAACUUGUUAAACAUUCCCAAUGCUGUUUUAUAGUGUAUGAGAGCAGAAGCUGUCGGCAGCCCUGCAGGACCAGCUCUUUGAAGCUUGUUCAGAGGAAGCGAGCGUCAGCUCCCUGCACCUGCAGACGUUGGGCACCAACCUGCUGCAUUCCUUAGCUCAUGUUAUUGGCACAUGGAUGUUUCUCUAGUGCCUGAAAGGGCCAGUAAAGUCUGUCAGUGCAGGAAAUUUUUUCUUCUGCUAAAGGGUGUACAUAUUUCUGUACAUACUUUUUGAGGAUCCAAGUUUACCAGUUGCCUGUUAAUGUGAACAGAAGAAUUUCCCAGAGUUCUGAAGUGCCUUGAUAACUUGCUGCCCCAGUAUUAUGACUAACAAACAGACUACUCUGUAGUCAGCUCUCACAAAAUAAUCCUAUUAGAGUACAUCUUUUGAGCUCUAUAGUAAUUUGUUAUUUUCUUUCAGAGAUAUUAAUUUGAUAACUUUGGAAACAGCUAAAAAUAAAAUGGAUAAAGGAAUAGCCCUAAAUACCUAAAAGAUUAUAAACGUGUAGCCCUAAAAAUUUUUCACUUUGUCUCAGUACUGCCCAAUAAUUAAAAGCCCUUGAUAUGUCUUUCCUACUAGAAAUGUUCUAGAUUCAUUGGACAGUGGGGUCAAAGGGCAAUCGGAGGUCUUUGGGCCGUGAGCCUUCCACCUGCACGUCCAGCGGGCUUUCAGUGCAGCUUAUUGGUAGCUCAUGCUGACCAAAGUCGUUUCAGGAUUGCUAUUCUGUAUCAUAAUUUUAGGGUGCUCUUAAAAACCUGAGGAGUUUUUAAGUUCGAGCACUGUUGGCGUUAUAUCACUGGGCAAUCAAGGCUGUACUCUAUAACUCACUUCAGACGUCCUCACAUCCUGCACCAGGCCCCACUACUUCAUGUUAAUUUCAGAUUUGAAAGUUAAAUGUUAGCCUGUCCUUUCAGAGUAUCCAUUGUUGUUUGAAAGCAGGUCUUCCCCUAGCAUUCAUUUCCAGCAGUGUUUCCCAUAACUCGCAGAGAUGGCUCAAACUGCUAAUCUUUGCACAUCGGGGGUGAGUAUAGGAUAGUGAGCCCCAUCCACUGUCAUGUUGGAUUUCUCACGGGGAUUAUUUUGGUCAUUGAAAUAAUCAAAUCAGCCUUGAGUGCUGAGGAGUGACGCUCCCUGUCUUCAGUCUGUUCUAGUUCCCUGUACCUGAUGAUUCGGUUCCCAUAAUGAGCCCUAGUGAUACUGGCUUUAGCUGCUACUGUCCCUCGUUGGGAGGCAUGUGUGUUAAUGUGGGCUGCUGCAUGUAUUUUGGGUUCAUCACUUUGUAUUGUAUUUUUAUGAUCUUACAUGAAGACAAUCUGUACCGGAAGUAAAACCUACCCCCUAAAAAUGUUUGGCCUUGGGUCUGCAUUAAACUGUAUAAUCCAUGUUCACGAAAAA